AUGCAAGUUGUAAUGUCCCGGCAGUUUCACCAUCGUCCAGCUUACGCUCUAGCAGCGUAUACUCAGCAUCGGUUCAUCAUAGUACCGUCGUUGGUGCCGCCGCUGUUGUUGGCGGUAGCGGUGCUGACGGCGGCAUUGUGGCCCCGCAGCAACAUCGGUGGCGGUAUCACACAGCUGAGGUCAGCAACAGUUGUUGACAGAGUCUUCCCAAACAAGAAUCUGCACGGGCCGACCCCGGUUCGAACAGAAUUGUUCGUUUCUUGA